CCUCAAACAGACGCUAGACUAUCUGUGGCACCACCGAAGCAGAAGCGAGUAUAUUGCAAACGUGCGGGGCCAGCUGGGGUCGAUAACAAUGAUGAGGGAUCCUCCGCACCUAAACCGAAGCGUCAGCGCAAGACAACAGCGCCGGCAGCUGGCAAUGGUCAGAACAAUGGAGAUAUCUCCGAUGGAGAGGUCGGCCGCGCAGCACCCACGCUCUACCGUCGCCGCCGCCGCGAACCCACACCUGAAGAUGCCGAGGAACAAAGACUCGACUUGACUACCACAAAAGUCGGCGACUUGACCAGAGAUUUAUUUAUUGGUAAAAAGUUUAAGCAUGCCGAUGCCAUUGCUGAGAGGCAACGACAGAUGCGCCGCGACGCCAAGUUGAAAAAACUAGAGCGACAGAAGCGAGCCAUGGGUCUCCUGCCGGAUGAGAAUGAGACUACCGAGGACUCGCGCGCCGGUACACCAGCAGACGGCGAUGCAGGCACUCCUGCGCCAGAGGUUGCACAGGCAGAUAGCGGCGGAAAUAUAGACUAUCAGGUGAUCGACGGACAAAUCGUAAUCAAUCAAGCAUCGCUUCAAGUAGACCAUCACGCUGGUCAGGAAACGCCAAUGGAAACGGUUGAAGAGGAUGAAUUCACACACCUUACAACCUCGGCAACCUACAUGAGGCCAUCCCGUGCCAUGGGUGGGAACCAUUGGACAGACGAGGAUACGGAGCGCUUCUACCAUUACUUGCAGAUGUUCGGCACUGAUUUUGAGACUAUCUCCCACCUGUUUCCCGGAAAGACCCGCCGGCACAUUAAGCUCAAGUUUAACCGUGAAGAGAAAGCACGACCAAAGCGUGUCAAUGCUUCGAUGAUGGCGCGUGGGACAAAACCAGUGGCCAUUGAUCUUGACGAGUAUAAGUCUAAUCGACGUGGCGUGCCAGAGUGGGAGGAGAAGGAGAAAAUUGAAGAGAUGCAGAAACGACUAGCAGAGGAGCAUGAGGCGGAUCUCGAGGCUUUGCGUCAGGAACGUCGCGAGGCGGGACUGCUGGACGAAGAGGAAGAGCCUGCAGAGGAGGAGACAGGCGAGUCGCAGGGAGAUAAAGACAAAGGGCAGGAAAAUGCCCCGGCAGUGGCAGAAGUUGAAGUUGAGGCUUGA